AUGUUCCAGAAGGUGUCUGAUAAAUUUCAUCGCAAGCAGAACUCGUCUGGCAAGCCUAUACAAGUUCAAUCAACACCAGGCAAACCAGCGUCCCAGCCGCAGAGUCUAGUCCACGAGACACAUACUCAGCCGUUCGCUUCUUCCUCGGCGGUCCUCGUACAGCCAAUGGCAGUACCAGUGCAGGACCGCAAUAUGAGUGUGCAGAUGGCGGAUGCUCGGGACCCCGAUGAGGAUGAGCGCAUCAGGGAGAAGGCUAGAGAAGCGCAGGAGCAGGCGGCCCAGGCUCAAGCCAACCUUCACAAUGCAACGCAGCAAGCUCGUGUGGCUGCCAUCAAUGCUGCUGCGGCGCAAGCAGCGCUGGACCCCUCCUCUGCUCCCGCUGCCGCCCAAACUGUCCGCAAAACAGCUGGCCGCUACGCCCUUGCAGACUUUCACAUAGAGCGAACUCUCGGGACCGGUUCCUUUGGUCGAGUUCACCUUGUCCGCUCCAAGCACAAUGGACGGUUCUACGCCGUCAAGGUGCUCAACAAGGAGAAGGUGAUCAAGAUGAAGCAGGUCGAGCACACCAAUUCCGAGCGAGAGAUGCUGGCGCGGGUCCGCCAUCCGUUUUUGGUCAACCUCUGGGGAACAUUUCAGGAUGUCAACAAUCUGUACAUGGUGAUGGACUUUGUCGCUGGCGGAGAGCUGUUCAGCCUGCUGCGAAAGAGUCAGCGCUUUCCAAACUCGGUCGCCAAGUUCUACGCCGCCGAAGUCGCGCUGGCCUUAGACUAUCUCCACUCCCUCGAUAUCAUUUACCGCGAUCUCAAACCAGAAAAUCUCCUCCUCGGCGCCGAUGGCCAUGUCAAGGUCACCGACUUUGGCUUUGCCAAGCACGUCCCGGAUAUCACUUGGACACUGUGUGGAACUCCUGAUUAUCUCGCCCCUGAAGUCGUUCAAUCCAAGGGGUACAACAAAAGUGUGGACUGGUACGCUCUCGGUGUGCUCAUAUUCGAAAUGCUCGCUGGGUACCCACCAUUUUUCACGGAAGACGGGAACCCGAUGAAGUUGUACGAAAAAAUUAUCGCCGGCAAGGUCCGCUAUCCUACCUACUUUGACGCCCUGGCCAAGGAGCUGCUGAAGAACCUCCUUGUGGGCGAUCUGACUAAGCGGUACGGAAACCUUCGCGCCGGCUCAUCCGAUAUCUUUGCGCACGCUUGGUUCGCCGAGGUAGACUGGGACAAGCUGUAUCGGAGAGAAAUCCCUGCACCCUAUGUACCAAAGAUUGACGGCGAGGGAGAUGCCAGCCAAUUCGACCGAUAUCAAGAAGCAGAUGUCAGCGAAUAUGGCAAGGAGGGAGUCAGUCAAUGGGAUCAUUUGUUUGGUUCUUUCUAA